AUGCUGCUGGACGCCGGCCCGCAGUUCCCGGCCCUAGGCGUGGGCACCUUCGCCCGGCAUCAUCACUCGGCCGCGGCGGAGAUGCAGGACCGGGAGCUGAGCCUGGCGGCGCAGAACAGCUUCGUGGACUCGGCGGCGGCACACAUGGGAGCCUUCAAGCUCAACGCCGGGGCCCACGACCUCUCCCCCGGGCAGAGCUCGGCGUUCACCUCGCAGGCGCCCGGCUACCCUGCGGCUGCCCUGGGGCCACAUGCCGCCCACGUCGGGUCCUACUCCGGAGCUCCAUUCAACUCCACCCGGGACUUCUUGUUUCGCAGUCGCGGCUUCGGGGACUCGUCGCCGGCUGGCGGACAGCACGGCAUCUUCGGCCCUGCCGCCGGCAGCCUGCACCACCCGCACACGGACGCUCAGAGCCACCUUCUCUUCCCGGGCAUCCACGACCAGCACGGUCCCCACGCCUCCCAAAACGUCCUCAACGGGCAGAUGCGUCUGGGAUUGCCGGGGGAGGUGUUCGCCCGGUCGGAUCAGUACCGCCAGGUCUCCAGCCCUAGGACUGACCCUUACUCGGCGGCUCAGCUCCACAACCAGUACGGCCCCAUGAAUAUGAAUAUGGGCAUGAACAUGGCAGCCCACCACCACCACCACCCAGGUGCCUUUUUCCGCUACAUGCGGCAGCAGUGCAUCAAGCAAGAGCUAAUCUGCAAGUGGAUCGAUCCCGAGCAGCUGAACAACCCCAAAAAAAGUUGCAAUAAAACUUUCAGCACCAUGCACGAGUUGGUCACCCACGUCUCGGUGGAGCACGUUGGGGGGCCCGAGCAGAGCAACCAUGUCUGCUACUGGGAGGAGUGUCCCCGGGAAGGCAAGCCCUUCAAAGCGAAAUACAAACUGGUCAAUCAUAUCCGAGUGCACACGGGAGAGAAACCCUUCCCCUGCCCCUUCCCCGGCUGCGGAAAAGUUUUCGCCAGAUCAGAAAACCUCAAAAUUCACAAAAGGACACACACAGGGGAGAAGCCCUUCCAGUGCGAGUUUGAAGGCUGCGACCGGCGCUUCGCCAACAGCAGCGACCGCAAGAAGCACAUGCACGUCCACACCUCGGACAAGCCCUACCUGUGCAAGAUGUGCGACAAGUCCUACACCCACCCCAGCUCCCUGCGGAAGCACAUGAAGGUGCACGAGUCGUCCCCGCAAGGCUCCGAGUCCUCCCCGGCCGCCAGCUCCGGCUACGAGUCCUCCACCCCCCCGGGGCUGGUGUCCCCCAGCGCCGAAUCGCAGAGCACCAGCAACCUCUCCCCGGCGGCGGCGGCAGCGGCGGCGGCAGCGGCGGCGGCCGUGUCCGCCGUACACCGGGGCGGCGGUGGCGGCGGAGGCGGCGGCAGUGGUGGCGGCCACAGCGGCCUCUCCUCCAACUUCAACGAGUGGUACGUGUAG